AUGGCGUCCAUGGGCACGCAGAUCUUCGCCUUCGUGCUGGCGCUGAUGGGCAUACUGGGCGCCACGGUGGCCACGCUGCUUCCCAACUGGAAGGUGAGCGCUGAUGUGGGCUCCAACAUUAUCACGGCUAUUUCUCAGAUGCAGGGGCUGUGGAUGGACUGCACCUGGUACAGCACAGGCAUGUUCAGCUGCACACUGAAGUACUCUGUGUUAGCCCUGCCUGCCUAUCUACAGACAGCACGCACCACCAUGGUACUCUCCUGCGUGCUAGCUGCUCUGGGACUGUGUCUCGCCUCGUUGGGGCUCAAGUGCACACGCUGGGGUGGGGGUCAUCGCGCAAAGCGCCACGCUGCGUUGUCUGCGGGGGCCUGCUUCCUCGCUUCUGGCUUCCUCUGCCUGGUGCCGGCUUCUUGGUACACUAAUGAAGUGAUAGCCAGCUUCUUGGACACCAACGUACCCGAGAGCAACAAGUUUGAGCCAGGGGGUGCCGUCUAUGUUGCCUUUGUUUCGGCCGGGUUUCUUUUUGUAGGUGGCUUCAUUUUUUGCAUGUCCUGUUCGGGAAAGCGACAGGGCCCCCAGGAUUUGAUUCUGCUUCCCCCAGACAAACUCCUACUGCAACAACAGCAGCAGCUGCUCCAACAGCAACAGCAGCAAGAGCAGCUCCAGCACCAAUACUGCUCUCUCUCACCUUUGGACAACAAGACUGGCUACAGCCUACAGGACUACGUGUAG